AUGAGCGCGACAUCGCCAGCGGACAGGAAUACUGCGAGCGAUACGAUGAGUCCAGCGAACGACUCCAGCAGUAACUCGAAGCGGAAAAACGAGAAUGGCGCGCCCACACAGCGCGCGAAGCGCAACAGAUACAUAAGCAUCGCGUGCAACGAAUGCAAAAGACGAAAGAUCAAGUGCAAUGGCGAGACACCAUGCCAACGUUGCGGGAACCUCAACCUGGAGUGCGCCUACGCGCCCAACUGCUGCAACUCGUUCAAAGACAGCGACGAGUUCAAGCAAAUGUCAACACACAUAACUUCCCUCCAGCAGCAGGUUGAUGACCUGUUCCAGAACCUCAACGCGCUCCGGGCUCAGGUCGACGUGCAGAGCAAUGGCUCAAUCGGCACCCCAUUCAACCCUGACUACCAGCAGACGCCCAUGUUACCUCCCCAAUCCGCCCGUUCGCGAUCCAAAUCCUUCAGCAAACACCCUCGUUUCCACGGCCCGACGUCGAAUGCAUUCAAUGUUGGGGUGGCUAGGUCAAGCUUGAAGACCAUGGGCAUAAACGCGGGCGAGGAAGGUGAAGACGAUGGCAUCUUGACCCGCGACGCAACUCCAAGAGCGUCCCCUCCAAUACUCCACCCCAUGGUGCCAAAACGUCCCUUGCAUACGGAUAAGGACCCGAUAUGGUCCAUCUCCAAGCACGAGGCUAUGCGCUUGGUACAUGUUUGGCACGAAGAGAUGGGCACCAUGUACCCUAUCCUGGAAGUGGACAAAUUGUUACGCUAUGCCGAGAUGUUGUUCACGUUUGUAGAAGCUGCGGCUAGAUCGGGUCUGAUACAAGGCUCGUAUCCUGGGUCAGAUGCAAUGGUCGAUGAACAGAUUAGCGUAUUGAAGCUCGUUCUCGCAAUAACACUGGUCCUCGAAGGCGGAGGAAAGGACCCUUUGGGCGAGAGACUCUUCGAGAACGUACACAAGAUUGUGGACAAGGCCUUGACCGAUCCUGUCAGCCUCCAUGGAAUCAGCCUCUUGGUGCUGACAGCCAUGUAUCACUUCACCCGUGAUGAUGAAGCUAUGGCCUGGCGCGUCAUUGGCCUAGCUGCGCGACACUGUCUAGAGUUGGGCUUACAUCGUCGCGAUACGUACUUGGCUCUCUUCCCCGAUCCCGAAGAGCAAGCAGCAGCAAUUAGGACUUUCUGGACAAUCUACGUGCUCGAUCGUCGUUGGAGCUUCGGCACGGGGAUGCCUUUUGCUCUGCAAGACGCGGAUAUUGAUACUAAUGUGCCGAAACCAGACAUAUCUACACACGAGUCUACGCCGUAUCUCAACGCCAUGAUAUCAUACUCGGUCAUCGGCUCGAAGGUAUGGAAGUCUGUCGCCGAUGUAGGACACCAAGACAAGAUUAACAAGGAUGACAUAUCUUUCCUUGACUUUCAGGUUUUGAACUGGCACCGUACUAUACCGGAUUCAUUAAAGUUCGUUCAUCCGGACAGCGGUAGACAGGUCGAACCUCCUGCACGAGUCGUCCACCGUUUACAGGUCGUGCUCUACCUUCGAGCCAACCAGAUGCGAAUACUCAUCUACCGCCCAGUACUACAUACCGCAACUACCAUCAUGGAGAAUCUUGAAUUUGCACACGUUGUAGUCAAGGUCGCCAAGGAUACGAUUCGCAUACUGACAUAUAUCAACCAAACAUCGGACAUCUACAGAAGCCAACAGACUAUGUUCAAUUACUUCCUUAUUUCGGCUCUGGCAGUAUUGUUCCUAGCUGUUGCCCAUGCGCCAGCUGAAUUCAGUCAGCAGUCUCGAGACGAGUUCUACAUGGCUCUUGAGCUCGUCCGUGGCCUAUCGUCAAACUCAUACGUAUCGAAACGUCUCUGGAGAACUAUCAAGACGAUCAAGGAAGUCGGGCCCCGUCUGGGACUCGUCAUACGCAACGACGACACCCAUGACGCACAUUCAUCGGCUGCUGUUGCAAUGGCAGGUCUUGCAGGUCACUCGAUGGACGAUCUAGCCCUCUUCUCAAACGGCCGUAACGGGUCUAAUCUUGAUACACCGCAUGGAAUGGCUAGUGAUUUGACGACCUUGUUCGAGGCUGCCGGAGGUAUCUUCAACCUCAACGGCUUUGGAGGGACAGCGAAUGAACUUCCUAGCUCAAAUGGAGAGUUUGUGAAUGGGUUCUCGCAUGAGAAUGACGAGCUGGCAAGGAUUUUGAGAGACUUGUUUUGA